AUGGUAACAGAAACAUCCACAAGCUGCGAAGUCACAACGGGUUCAAGUUCAUGCAGAGAUGAAGGGCGCAGCUACGUGACCAAACCCAUCGCAUUAAAGUCUUUUCGCACAGGAACAGGCUUCGAAUCCAACGUCUUGGUCGAGCGUGAUUUGUCAGCGCGCACACCUACCCCUGAAGCGGGGGACAACCAGCGAAUAUCAGCUCGAUCCGGUGGCUUACAUGAUGAUGAGCUGGAUUCUCUGAGUGCGGUUGAGGUUAAUGGUGAUGACGCUGUGGUUUACGACAAGGGAUGGAAGGCAUACGCAAGCGUCAUUGGGUCAUUUUUGGGGCUCGUGGCGACGUUUGGCUCGUUGAAUUCCGUGGGGGCACUCCAGGCGUAUAUCCUGGUUCACCAAUUGGAGCUGGUCUCUGAAAGCACCGUGUCGUGGAUCUUUUCCAUGUUUUUGGCUUUUUCAUUCAUGCUUUGUUUAGUCACGGGACCGUUGUUUGAUUCAAAGGGUUCGUUUUACCCCUUGAUCUUUGGCGGGAUUUUUGUAUUUGGAGGGCUCAUGGGAGUCGCUUACAGUCUGGUGGUCUACCAAUUCAUCUUGUCGUUGGGGAUAUGCGUUAGUAUCGGGAACGCAUUGUGCAUAUCGCCGUUGAUUGGUGUAUUGAGUCACCAUUUCAAAGAUCGCAUUGGCACCAUGGUUGGGAUUGCCACGGUGGGCGGAUCAGUUGGAGGAAUGGUGUUCCCAGUGAUGUUAAAGUCCUUAUAUCUGAAAGUGGGCUUCUCGAGGGCAAUUAUGAGCUUGGCCUUUGUCAACCUCGCGUGUAUUGGGUGCGCGGUGCUCUUGUGCAGAGAUCGAGCAGAAGUAAGAACAAGCGGCAGUGGUCAUGAUAACGACGAUGAGGAGAAAGAUAGUCCCAAGCACAUGAGCUGGAGCCAGAUCCGUGACUCGUUCGAGUUUAGGUCUCUCCGGGACUUGAAGUACACGUUCUUGAUAGCGGGGAAUUUCGCGACAGAGUUGUCCUUGCUUUCGAUGCUCACUUAUCUUGCCACUUAUGCCGUUGCUAAGGGCAUGUCAGAGUCAGAUGCCUACACUCUUCUUACGGUGUUUAAUGCGACUGGAAUAAUUGGAAGGCUCUUACCGGGGUUUUUGGCGGACAAGUUGGGGAGAUACAAUGUCAUGUGCUGUAUGUUGACGGGAAAUUUUUUGUCAAUGUUUCUUCUCUGGUUGCCCUUUGGAUACGACAGACGCGUCUUGUUUGCCUUUGCUGCAUUGUGCGGGAUGUUUUCCAGUUCCAUCUUGACGCUCACCCCCGUUUGUCUUCGUCAGAUUAGUCCCGCCCGUAAAUUUGGCGCAAGGUACGGGUUGCUCUACUUGUUUUGCUCCUUGGGGCUUUUGGUGGGGCUUCCAGCAAGCUCGGCUAUCAUUGGCACUGGAACAAGUGAAAAGUAUGACAGAUUUGCCAUCUUCUGUAGUGUGUUUGCCGUGGCGGGAACAAUCUUCUGGUUCAUAAGCAGGUAUUUCGUAGUGGGUCUCCGCUGGAACGUCAAGGUUUAG